UCAACAGAAAAUAAUCGCAUUCGCCAGCUCACGGCUGUCAUUUUUCUUCAGUCAGGUGAGUGAUUGUAUAGAGAGCAUAUAAAUUCCCCACUUCAGAAACUCUAGGAAGACUUGAGUACAAGCUUUGGGCGCAGUGAUUUUUGGGAUCAUUUGGGUGGACAAGCGUUAGGUUUGAUUGGUGAAUGCUGGUACUCAAGGCAACUAUUAACCAAUCAUAAGAAUCGCUUUUCCACCUAAACAAUACUAAUCCCAAAAAUCGUUGCUCCGAAAAUUUUUAACCAUUCGCCUAGUAUAGUUUUCGGAGUGAGGAAUAGUACUCGAUCUGUGGUAUAGAAUGAAAAUAACUUAAAGUCUCGUUUGGUAAACACUGCAAUUGUUUGAACGCGUUUAAACUAGUUUUAGCCCUACAGAAGAUCAUACGGGGCCAAUAUUUCUAUUUAAAGUAAAAAAUUAAGGCGGGGGUGGCUUGAAUAAUAUAAGACAUGAUCUCCUCUAGCGGAAUGAAAAGUAUUCCUCCAACAUCAACUAAGAUAAAUGAUCGUUUGUCUUACGCCACUUAAAUACUCAAAAGUUCCUUGAGCCAUGUUUCGUUCCGUGUAAGGAAAUUUUGUCACGCCCCCAUCUCAAGCUUUAGACUUUUUUGAUUUGGCUUAUAUCUCUUGAUUCUCUUAUUCCCUUAGCGGCUUUUCCCGGCUCUUCUCCCGGUGUGACUUCAAAAAGAGGGCCAAUUUAUAUCUUACCGCACCCUUCUGCUUAGGUUAGAGUGCCGCCCGUUUUUUUACAAGACACUCCCUCUCAAGGGUUAUUGAAAUUUGUAAUGAUAACCUUUUUUCUUCGUUGAAGUGUUACGAGGUUGCUUAGCCCGAAGAAGAGUCCAGAGAAUUCGAGAAAAAGGUUACGGACAAGAAACAGCCACCAUAUUUUUUCUACUCCAGGUUAGGAAAAAUAUAGCUACUAUUUUC